AUGGGCGACUACGGCUGGAACGAUAUGGGCAUGGAGACGGUCGCGGAGGACGAGCCAUCCGGGGCCGAGGCCGAGUCGUCCAGCAGCGAGGUUCUUGGCACCUCUCCAGGCACCGAACCCACGCGCUCGGGCCACGGCCCGCAAGUCUUCCAUCAGGUGUUCUCCGACGACCUGCGGAGAUCGCUGUCAUCGCUCCGCAUGAUGGCUCGCCACCAGGCGGAGGACUAUCACCGCCGGAAGGAGGAAAUUCAGCUCGCAGCAGACCAGGGCGACCUCCAGAAGCUCCGGGAGUGCCUCCGCACGGCCUACCAGGCCAUGUCGGGCGGGCAGUUCUCCGAGGACGACUGCUCCAUCCUCAUGGAGGCCUACAUGUCGGUCGGCCUGCACUGCUCCAUCUCGCGCGGGCACCGCGAGAUCGCCACGUACCUCCUCUCCACCGUCGGCCUCGACCCCGAGAUUCCUUCCGUCACGGGGCUGCGGAAGCUGCCCGUGCACGUCGCCGCGGAGGUCGGCGCCGUCGAGACGCUCACGGAGCUCUGCGAGGAGUACGGCGCGGCGCCGGACGCCCUGGACGCGCUCGAGCGCACCCCCCUGCACUACGCAGCUCUGUGCGGGAAACAUGACACCGCGCAGUCGCUCAUCACUGCGUUCAAGGCCCCGAUCGACGCACGGAGCGCGAGCGGAGAGUCCCCGCUGCACGAGGCCGCGGGGGCGGCGCAGGCGGACGUCGUGGCGUUGCUGUUGGAGCACGGGGCGGACGUGAUGGCGCGGGACGUCAAGGGGCGGACGGCGCUGCACACGGCGCUCGCGACGAGGCUGGAGAUGGAGGCGGCGCGCGACGGGAAGCCGUGGAACGCGCGGGGCGCGGACGACCGGUGGAGCCAAACCUCCCUCUCGCGGCAAGCCAGCUUGGACUACCCCAUGUCCCCCCCCACGAGCUCGCGCCGGAGCCAGCCGUCCGACGGCGCGCUCACGCUCGUCGUGACGCGCCUCAUCGAGGCGUGCCCGAAGCUCGUGCUCAUGACCGACAACGAGGGCCUGUCGCCGGUGGACUACGCCAAGGCCAACCCGGGGGCGUUCCCUGACGAGGCGGUGCGACGCAUCGAGGAGGUCGGGCGGACGUCGACCGUCGACGAGGGCAGCCAGGAGGGCGAGCUCGGGCGCAACAGCCCCGCCGAGGCCGCUGAAUUCGUGUUUGGCCACGGGCCGGGGCUGACGGCGGCCACACCCCCGGGGGGGGGUCUCGGGCGGUUCGAGACGCCGUCGCUCACCGUGCCCGACGCGACGGAGGGGCCGUCGAGCCCGAACUCGCUCGCUGCGACGCCCAGCAACGCGGCCGAGCGCGCGUCGCCGGAGGACACCGGGCCGGCCGAGAUGCAAGUAGACGCGCCGCAGGUCACGGCGCCGCCGAAGCCGCCGCCUUCGCCGCCGCCGUCGGCGUCCGCCGGGCGCACGACCGUCCCGCGCACCGCGUUCCUCGUGCGGGCCGAGCCCGAGUCGUCGUCGGAGGCUGAGAGCGAGGAGGCAUCCCCGCCGUCCGCGCCGCCUGCGGAGGCCAAGCCGUCGCCCGGGCGGCAGCGGUCGAUCGGGUCGAUGGGCGGGCCCGCGUGGCUGGCGUCUGGCGAGCGCGCGGUGCAGUCGGACGCCGCGGUUGUGUACGGCGGGUCUCAAGAGCCCGGGUCCGCAGACGCAGCGCAGUCGGCAUCGCCGCAAGCGGCGGAGCCGGAGAACGGCGGCGCGGCGCCGCCGAAGACGACCAAGGUGCAGCGGCGGCCCACGGGCGUGGUCACGGACCUCGACUACGAGGAGGUGCAGGCCCAGCGAAAGGCAAAGGCCAAGCGCUUUGGCAAGUCCGAGCCUGCGAUGGUGAGCGACGUCUCCCCGAAGCGUCGCGCGGUGGCGCGGAAGCUGCACAACGCCUUCGGCAGCGACGACGGCGCGCCGGUGCGGGGGAGCUCUGCUUCGAGCCCGCCGAAGAGCACAGAGAGGGACUCUUCGAUGCAGCCCCCCCCCCGGGCAUCGCCGGAGGGCACGCCGGAGGCGUCGCGGGGGGAGAUGGAGGUGGACGCGGUGCCGGAGAGGCCGGUCGUGACGGCGAUGGACUCGAUCAAGCGGGCGUCGGAGGGCGGCGGGAAGGACGACGACCACGACGAUGACGAUGUGUCGCGCAGUGAGGAGGGGGGGUCUCGGGCGCAGUUGGGGCGCGCGAGCAAGUCCGCGAACCUGCAGCCUGUUGCGCCGGGGAGCGACUCGGAGCCCAAGUUGGUGCGCUCGCACACGUCCAACGGGCCGGAUUCCCGGCAAGAGGGCAGUGGGUCGUCGCCCAAGGCUACGCCGCGGCGGCAGAACCGGAGCCGGAAGCAGGCGCGGUCGCGCGCGGCGAUGCGCGUGUCGCAGGUGCUGGCGAAGCGCGGCGUGGUGCAGCAGCCCGCGGAAGGGGGGGACCGGUCGUCGGGCGAAGCUGCAGAGCGCGUGAAAGCAGAGGCGCAGCCCGCGAGCAGGGCCGCGUCCGGAGCCGACAAGGGCGACGGCAACGCCCCCGAGCCGCCGCUUGGGACGGCGGCGUCGAUAGACGCGCGUGGGAUUCAGCCGGUGAGCGGCGGCGCCCCGGGCGGUGGCGCGCGGCCGACGCGCGCGAUGUUUUCCAAAGCGACGCCCAUGGCGAAGGACAUGCAUGCCACGGCGCUGAAGGCGGCGCGGCUCAUGUCGCAGCAGCGGGCCCGCAAGAUGUCGGAGGGUUCGAUCGCGGAGAGUGAGGCGGAGGAGGAGGAGGAGGGGGGGUCCCAUCACGGCGACGACGCAGCGUCGCGCGGAUCGUCCGCGGAGGCGGACGGCGGGCCGCCGAAGCCGGACUCCGGCGGCUCGGCGGCUGGCUCGAUCGACGAGAAGCUCGGAGGUUCGCGCAAGUGGCGCAUCGAGGACGACGCCCUCGCGCACGCCGUCGCGGCGGCGCCCGAGGUUGCUCCUGCGCAGCAAGGCGCGGCGGAGUCGGAGCGCGCGGCGUCGAAGCUGAAGCAGCAGCAGGCCGCUCGCGCACUGCAGCGCGGACGCAUGCACCACGCGACGCCGACGCCGCAGGCGAUGGCGCAGCACGUCGCGGAAUCGAACCGCGCGCUGCGAGAGAAGAUCGCCAAGUCGGCCUCCAACGCGUCUAUCGCGGAAGACAGCGAGGACGAGGCAGACGAAGAGAACGACGCGGCGUCGCGGGGGUCCUCGGCCAACCCGCACAUGGGCCCGCCCGAGCAGCCCGAGGGCAACGCUCUGGCGAGCCUCGCCGCGAGCGAGUCCUCGCACGACUCGGAGGACUCGAGCAGCUAUUCUACUUCCGACUCCUCCCGCGCGCGCCUGCGUCAGGGCCCGCCACGGUCGGACCUGGCGGUCGAGGGCAGCGACGCGCGCGCGGACUCGUACGCCGAAGCGAGCAGCUCCGACUCGUCGGCCCCGAAGCAGGCGCCGAUGGCCAGCGGCAGCUACCGCUCGCACCCCAUGGUGAUGCCGAGGCGCGUUGAGCAGGCGCGGCGGGACUCGGUGCAGUCGCAGGGCGGCGGCGCGAUCUGGGGCCGCGGCCGCGAGGACAGCGUGUCUGCGCUGGCGCUGGAGCGCAGCUUCGGGAGCGUCUCGGGCGCUCUGGCGCGGCCCCGGUUUGAGAAUUCGAGCAGCCACAGCGCCGUGGAGCGCAGCGGGGGCAGCGUGCGGUCCGGGCGGUCCCCGAACGUCCCGCCGCUGCGGCUGUCCUCGGCGUCCGGCGCGCGGGGCGCGGCGUCACUCACGGGAGAGACCAAGCAAGACGGUGCGGGCGUGGAGCGGUUGCCGGCGCAGACGCCGGGGCACUUGGGACGCGACGGGUUCCUCGGUGGCCUGGAGGAUCCGGAGGGGCGCGGGCAGCUCGUGGAGCACACGCCCGUGGCCGCGGAGGUGCAGCGGCGGGCGGCGCAGGGCGCGCUGAGGGGCGGCCUGUUCGGGAAACCGGGGGGGGAGUCCCCGGGGACCGCGGACGACGACGCAGCGACGCCGACCGCGGCGCCCGGCGAAGACAACGCCGUCACGCCCCCGGCCCAGACCGCGCCAGCCGCAGCCGGCGAGGAUGCGGCAACGCCGGCGCCCCCCGUCGACGCGCCAGACACCGAGGACGCGCGGCGCGGCUCGCAGGCGUCCCACGCGGACUCCGAUGCGGACGCGCUGCGGUCUCCGGAGCUGGUGUCGCGCUCAGCCCCAUCCUACCACUCGCGACGGUCGAAAGACGCCGAUUCAUCGCGCGGCGAGGACGACGGCCCGCGGGGCCGCUUGAGACCCGCGUCGGGCUCGCGCUCGGCGUCGCCGCUGCUGCGGCGCGACUCGUCGUCGAUGCGGCUCGCGUCGCGGCGGGCGGUGUCGUUCAAGCUGCGUCCGCAGACGCCCGACGAGCCGAUGCCGUGCAUGGCGCCGUGGGACUCGCCAGACAUGGCGCCGCAGUCCCCCGCCGCGCAGCUCCGCGGGGCCCCGAAGUUCAAGACGCUGCCGCGGCACAACCAGCUCGUAGGAUCGCACUCUUUCAAAGCCUCAAGUCUGUCGCGGCACAUGCUGGCGGCACCGUCGCGCGACGGCAAAGGCGCGCGUAUGCUCUCGCGGCACGCGAGCCUUGGCGGCGGCCAGUUCAUCUCCAAAGGUGCGGAGCGUUUCUGGGCCGAGCUCGGCGGCCGGCUGAACGUCAAGAAGCAGGCGCAGUCCGAAAGUGAGCGCGGCAAGCUCCCCGCGCGCGGCGCGUCCGGGCCGCUUCGCGUCAUGUCCACGCCGCCAGAGCGCACGCUGCGCCCGCGCAAGGCCUCGAGCUUCAUCCCGCCGGCGUCCAUCGAGGUGGACGACAACGUCAUCGCCGGCGCGCUCUUCCAGGCCGGAGAGACCCCCGCCACCGUCGACGAGGGUUUCGAAGAAGCAUCGUCCUCCUCGCACAGCCGCCCCGGCAACGCGCCGGGCGCGGCGGAGGCCGCUGCGGAUACGAGCGUCAGCGCGCGCGCGCUGCAGCGCGAGCCAACGCUGCGCGACAGCAUCGCGGCGGAGCGCGGCGAGCCCGGUUCCGCAGGGGCUGUGGCGCCCGAGAGCACCCCGCGGGGGGUCACGCCGGUGUCCCCGGAGGUGCUGCAGAUGCUGCAGGAGCGGGACCGGGUCAUCGCGGGCAUGCGCGACGAGUUGGCGAGCACGCAGCAGCAGGUGACGACGCUGACCCGGCGCCUGAGCGAGCUCGAAACGUCGGUGUCGCGGUCCGCGUCCGUGUCGUUCUCGAUCACGCCGCGGCCGUAUGCGCACAGCCUCGGCGCGGGGGACACGGGGGGAGUCCCGCCGCCGCCGGAUUCGGUACAGAGCACCGCUGCGGUCCCUGCGCAGGACGGGCGGUCGCCGGGGCACCUUGCCGCGCUGCCGCACCGGCCGCCGAACCGCGUCGCCGGCGCAGACGUGGCGCCGCCGCGCGACCUCGACGCCGCGGACCCGGCCGAGGCGCAGGUUCGCAUGAAUCAAGCUGCGCACAUGCAAGACCUGCUAGCUCAAUUGCAAAGCAUCCAAGAGUUCAAUAAGCGGCUCGCGAGCGCGCUCGAGGCCGAGGACCUCGACCAGCUCGCGUCCGUCGCCGCGGGGGGCGCGCAGGUCGCGUCGGCCCCCUCGGCUGCGGAGCUGGAUGACGAGCCCCUGGUGAGUGCGCGGCAAAUGGCGCACGAGUGGGUGUGGGAGGAGCCGGACCCGGAGGAGGACUUCGACGACUAUGAGUACGAAGAGGAGGAGUGGCGGCCAGGGGAGAUGUUCGGGGGCGCGGUGUCGUCGCUCGCCGGGCGCAUGGCGCAGCUCGCGUCGCCAGCCGCGCCCAAGGCGCGCGCCGUGGCGGAGGUUCAGUCGCACCGCCUGUCCACGAGCUUGUCGGAUAUGAGCGACCUGAGCGCAGCGAGCCCGUGA